CUCAGCCAGCUAUCUGGGAAGACAUACAUAAGAACGUUUUUCAACUGCUCACCAGCUCAGAUGGGAAUAAUUGAUGAUGUCAAGGACACAGUGUCCAAGGCUGUGUUUACUCCUUCAACUCUGUUAUCCGGCCGAGGUGGGCUGCACAUGGCUCAGAUCAUCUUGUCUCUGGUCACCUUUGUCCUGGGUUUCUUAAGAGGAGGGAGCACCCAUACCUACUGGAACUACGCUAUGUUCACCUGGGCCUUUUGCCCCAUCAUGACCCUCAUCAUCACCAUCAUUGAGAUGUUUAAGCUUGAUAUCAUACUCAAUAUGUUUUGCAUGGACUGGUCUGACUUCACCACAGGGAUGGCCAUGUCCUCAACGCUCAUGACCGUCUCUGUCGCUAUCAGCUAUGCCAACUUCUACGUCUGCCUGAAAUUGAAAUGCCUCUACGGCAUCAUAGUGAGUGUGUUUGCUUUCUUGUCUGCCAUGGUCUACACACUUGAAGUGGUGAAGGACAAAAUCCUGGACAAGAAGAAGGGGAGCUACCUGGCUGCUCUGCCAGGAUUCUGGAAGGUUAUGGAGGCCUUUGUGAGCUGCAUUAUUUUUAUAUCACUGACUGGUUACAGAGACAAGCCAGCUCUGAUCUUUUGUGUCAUAGCAUAUGCCAUUCCUUUCCCCAUUCUGCCUGUAAUCAUAGCCACCAACAUCUUCAAGAAACUGAGAACGUGUUUGCCCUUUAACCUGGACAGGUUUGUGUUUAUAUUUCUGGUGAUCUCUGUUGUGCUGUAUAUAUUUGCUGCUAUUAUGUGGCCAAUUUUUACCUUCAAAAACAACCCUCGUCCCAGCGACUGCCCGCCCAGCUUCUGCAUCUGGGCCAUACAGUUUAUAGUUGCAUUCAUGACCUAUGUAAAUCUCAUUCUUUUCACACUGGACCUCAUUUUUACCCUGCUUGGCAUCUGUGGCUUUAAACGUCAAUAAACGUGGUGGAGACUUUCCUGUCUAUUUUUUUUAAACCUCCCAACUUUUACUGCACUUUUAAACAGCUAUGUGUUGUUAAACAAGUAACAAUUUAACCCAUACAGGUGCUCAACGUGUCUUUCUAUAUUGAAUGAAAAAAUAAUUAUAUGAAAGUUAAGUUUUCCAGGUAAUUAGAGGUUACUAGUUUUGCUUUUAAAGUGUGGUCUCAUGUUGGUGAGCAGUGCCGUUUCUGCCCUGAAGUCACAUCGUAUUUUCCACAUUUGGGCCCAUGAAGUAGAGCGUGCACACUCUCGGAAAGAGAAACAGCACUAUAGCCGUACACCAAUCAUGGAUUGGGGCUUUAAACAUCCAUUUUCUGAUCACAUUUAAAAUUACCAGACCUAAAAAGUAAAAGGAAGGUAAUUUGACAUGCCCCAUGUAUAAUUUGGAAAUAAUUGACAAGAGCCCAAGAGCAGAAUUGACCACAGCCUACAUUAUGUUGUCAAACACACUCAGGAUCAGACUGAACACAGAACACAAAAAUGGCCAAAUCCAAGCCGUAGUGAAACUGAGAAUACUAAGCAUUCUUUUACAUAUUCUGCAUAUCAUGUUGGCAUUUUUUUGAAAGCAAGAAAUUUAACAUUAAUCUGUUUGUUUGAGGGUUGUAUUUUCCACUUUAUUAAUGAUUUAAUGUACUAUGUUUAAUUGAACUUGACAUUACAAUUCAGCUCUAUGCAUAUAUUGUCACUGUCCAUUUCCAUAUUUCCUAAUGUGUUGUUGUGAUGUGAACUGCAUAUGCCACUGCCAGUGAAUAUUAAUAGAUGUGUUGUGUCAUGUCUGUUUAAAAAUGAGAUUACAUGAGAUUGAACACACUUGUCUUUUCUAGGAUCUGUCAGCCACAGACAGAUAAAGUCCAGGAUACUGAAAAGUGAUGGGUGUCAAAUGGAAAUAAAAUGAUGCUCUAAU